GCGCCGCGGCGAGACGGUGGAUCUGAGAGCGACGAGCUGCUGCCGUCGUGCGCGUUGUCGGUAGCCACGCACGCGCGGGGCAGGCAGGGAUUAGAGCCUCGCGGCGAGGCAGAAUAGCGGGUGGUGACGCGUCGGGAGGUCGGCGACCUCGCCGCGGACACGGCGGCGCCGCGGAGGAGGGUGUGGCUCCGUAUGCCAGCGCAGGCGACAUCGCACCAUCGCGGAACCGCGGCAGACCGGCAGUCCGCAAGACGGUCAAUACUCAGUAGGCAGUCAAUUGCCAUGAAGAAUUGCAGAAAAAAAAAUAGACAAAGGGGCAACACUCCCAAGCUCCCAAUUUCAUUAAUGAAAUUGAAAACAAGGCACUGAGAGUUAUCAAGAAGCUCAUAUCGCUUCACUCCACUCAAAGGAAAAGACACCAUGCCAAUCGAGCUGCCGAGAGGGCUGCCUAUCGCGGUGGACACGUGGACCCCUGCCUCUGCCCUCAAGCGCCACCGCUUCCUCACCCACGCCCACCGUGACCACCUCACCGGCGUCACCACCACCAGCAGUGGCGCUGCCGUCUACGCCUCGCGCCUCACGAUCCUCAUUGUCCGCCACAUCUUUCCUCAGCUUGGACCGGACGUGUUCGUGGAGAUGGAGCUGGGCACGCCAGUGCUCGUCCAGGACCCCAAAGGCGACUUCACCGUCACCGCCUUUGACGCAAACCACUGCCCAGGUGCAGUGAUGUUCUUGUUCGAGGGCACCUUUGGCAACGUCCUCCACACCGGUGAUUGCCGCCUCACGCCUGACUGCAUUCAGGGCUUGCCCCUCAGGUACAUCAACGCCAAGGGAUCUGGGAGCAGCCAGGUGCCGCCUUCAUGCCGCAUCGACUACUUGUUCCUAGAUUGCACGUUUGCGAGGUGCCCACUGCGGUUCCCGACCAAGGAGGCUUCCAUACGUCAGGUGAUAAAUUGCAUUUGGGAGCACCCUAACGCGCCGACGGUCUAUCUUGUGUCUGACAUGCUGGGGCAGGAGGAGAUACUGAUCGAGGUGUCGAGGGCAUUUGGGUCAAAGAUAUACGUCGACAAGGACAAGAAUUCAGAGUGCUAUCACACCCUCUCUCUCUUCGCACCGGAGAUUGUUACCCAGGACGCAGCCUCUCGCUUUCAGGUGAUUGCAUUCCCUAGGUUGUCAGAGUGGGCAGUGGAGAUGCUCACCCUGGCACGGGCAAAGCAGCAGCCUGAGCCCCUCAUCAUCAGGUCUUCUUCGCAGUGGUAUGCACACUAUGAGCAAUCGGAGUCCUUGCCGAAGCAGAAGCUGUCGCUGACGGAGCCUAUGAGGGAUGGAUUUGGUGUGUGGCACGUGUGCCUUUCGAUGCAUUCCUCUCGUGAGGAGCUGGACCAGGCCGUGGAGUUGUUGCAGCCUAAAUGGGUGGUCUCCACGACACCUCCUUGCCUUGCCAUGGAUCUUGCCUAUGUAAAAAAACACUGCUUCCUAUCCCGGCUAGGCCCUGAUGUUCCCCUUUGGAAGUUGCUCGGAAUGACUGAUGCAAAUCCUACUGUCACGGGCUCACCACAGGCGGUCCAAACUGUAAUAGAAGCCAUCAAGGGGAAUGAGGAAGAAGACACUAGUUCUGCUGUUUGCAGCCAGGUGUUACAAGAUGAAGAACCAACAAUGGAUGAUUUUGAAAUCAAAAUGGCGCCACCUGUAACGCUUUUUGGGAGAGCAAGGUUUAGAUUACCUGAAGAUUGUGAAUUGUUGAAAGUUGAGUAUGAGAGUGUUUGUGUGGCUGAAGAAGUUAAAUUUAAAGUGGAAGAACAGAAUUCAGGCACAAAAUCCUUGGAGCCGUUGAAGGAUGUGAAUUCUAUCAAGGGUGCCAUCGAUGUGAUUGUUUCAAAUCAGGUUGCACCAAAAGAGCUGCAUGAUUCAGCAAAAGAAUUUGAUCUGAACCGUGAAUCCAAUAAAGACUUAGAAGUAAGCAACAUAACUGAAGGUGAAGUGCAAUACCGUGCUCAGCCUGUGAAGGAUGCAAAAUGCGAUGAGGGCAUGAAACAAACUUGGGGAGCUAGAUUCGAAGUCAAAGAAGAAAGCUCAAUUGCCAAAGCUAAGAUGUGGGAAAUUUACAAGCCCACGGAGUGCCCUGAGAUCAUCGUUGAAGAAGCAGGUAAAGGAGAUAAACUGGAAGCCACAGGAAAAACACUUUCAAAGGACCGCGCUGUUCUAACAGAAAUUGGCAACACACUUGAAGGCCUCGGCACUGACAGAGCAGGUACUUCUAUGGUCGGAUCGUCGAAGGUUCUGAACGCCAAGCUGAGGAGGCUGUAUAGAUCCAUGAACAUGGCGGUUCCUCGGCCAUUACCGUCACUGGUUGAGCUCAUGGGAGCCUCCAAACGACCCAAGGUCUCCUCCUCAAUUCUGCGUCCAUAAGACUAUAAUAGGCAUUUUAGUUCUAGUACCAUAACAGAAGAUUAUUGUCAACAGUUCCAGAUUUGUGUCCAGCCCUGUUCAGCUACAAAUUGUUGCAAAGUGAUUCUAUUGUUACAAAUCAAAAUUGUUUAAUGAUUGCUAGUAAAUAAGUUGUUCCUGAAUCCUGAUAUGAUGUAGCUGAUCCAAGUUGUUGUUUA